CAACACGAAAUAAACGCCACGUGGUGGUGGUUGUGGUGGUCAUCGCGCACGCCACGUUCACGAGCGAGUGCUUCAGAAAGUGAACACGAGGAGGGUGCCGGCCACGCGGGUACAGAGAGGGGCUUAUCCGGCCCCCCAGCGUUCGAAGAAGACGUGCAGAUAGCUAGAGAGAGAGAGAGGUUAAGGAAGGGAUAGAUGGAAGGAGGAAUGAAUAGAGGCAAAGGUAUGGAGUUAUGUAAAUGAAGGAAGAUAAAGGGAGCUCGAGGUUUAAAGGGCAGAUAAAUAGAGAGGCAGAGCGAUGGUGAGCUGGAGAGAUAGCGAGAUGAAGGGAGAGAGCAGAGAUGUGAAGGGAUGGGAUGAUUGAGGGAGCGACCGGGAUUAGAAGAUUAAGGAGAGAGAAUAAUUUGAUUGAAAGGCAAUGGCGUUAUGUAUUUAUGUAUGUUGAACUUCUUUCGCACCGUACGUAUCCAAUCGUAAUAAUCGGUGGUGCGGGGGAAGGACUGCAAACCAAACACAAACAUCUUUUCCAAAUAAAUUAGUUCUAAAUCUAGACUUAAAAGUACAUAACUCCAGUGGCUUCCUAAUAUCGGAAGGAAGAGCGUUCCAGACGGCCGCAAAAGCGCAUCUGAAAGCGCGCGACGCAGUGGCCGCUUUUGUUCGAUGGUUAUCGAAAAGCCGCUGCUGGGAGGGGAAGUGAACGAGAGUUCUGAAUGCAGGGCGAUGUGAAGGGAGGGAAGGAGGGAUUGAGAGACGGCGGGAUGAGGAAGGCAAAGGGGAUGGAGGGAAUUGAGGCAUCGAUGGCGAGUUAAGAGAAGUGAAGGGAGGGAGAGCUGGUGGAGUUGGGAGGAGGGAGGGAGGGAGGUAGAGAGAGAGAGCGAGGGGAGGGCACAGCAGGCUGCACUGCCCCCCCCCCGCUCUCCCUCCCUGUGGCUCCCGGGUGCCCCGGGUGACGACGCUCUCCGCUUCCCCCGUCCGCGAUGAGACCGCCACUCGAACAACGCAGUCCGUGCUCCCGCAGCGCCGAGCUGCGCGCUCUCGACAAAUACGAACCUACGACCACCGUUCCAGCAGCCUGUGGGCAUUGAUUCAUCGAUGUUCAUGUCUAUGUAUCUUAGCUGUACGUGAACUACUGAGGGUGCAUUCGGUUUAGCAGGGCUUACGAACGGACUGUAGAGUCAGGCGCUGGCUGUCCGGUGGGGUUUCUAUAGCUUCUUGUUGUGUGGGCGCGGUAGAUAGAACACAUUACGCAGCGCCGAAUAUAUAUAGGGGCUGUGUGUUCCAGGUAGCGUUGGGGCGGCUUGGUUCUCUGUGCCGUGUGUCCGAAUGGGCAGCGGAGUCUCGAGGGUUGUUGGGCCCCUUCGCCGUUGCGUUCCGUAGCCGUGGGACCAUCGCAGGGACCUGCGCAUUGGCCACGUGAAAUGCGUCAAAUCCGCGGGCGGUCAAACGCGCAUCGCGGGGCUCUGGUGAUGACAAUUGGCGAGCAGGGUUAGCCUCGAGUUCUAUGUUGGCACGGCUUCCGUGCUCUUUUUAAACCCCGAGCCAGGAGGGCAGAGUCGACUAUACAAAUUGCGCGUUGCGCCAUUGUCUUGACGAAGAACUCCGAAAAACACAAAGCUGUCGUGCACAGACAGGCGGGCGCGUGUGUGCACUCACGCGUGUAUAGGCCAAGUAGUUUUGUUUCACGCGCAUACAGUUAGGUGUAUACGUAUAUAUCCAUCAUAUCACUGUGUUUGGGAUACAGAGACCUUCACUCAUCGCUGCUUCAGUUAGCCAAGGGGACCCACCCUUGGCUGCUAGUUGGUCGCCAGAGAAGGGGCAUCAUCAGCAUCAUCAUCAUCAUCGGCCACAGCUGCGAGCUGUGAACCCAUCUCAUGGUCCUGGAUUUGUGAAGAAGCAGAGAGAAGAUGAAGGACAACGGAGAAUCCAAGGAUCAUCAGCUGACGGUGGCUCUACGCAUCCGGCCCAUCAACGAUGCCGAGCUGGAGGAAGGGGCCUCGGUCACGGCCCACCGGGUGGACGAGCAGAUGGUGGUGCUCAUGGAUCCCAUGGAAGACCCCGACGACAUCCUCCGGGCAAACCGGUCUCGCGAGAAGACCUACAUGUUUGACGUCGCGUUCGAUUGCACAGCCACGCAGGAUGAAGUGUACUUGGCGACGACAAAGGAGCUCAUUGAGGGCGUGAUCUCUGGCUACAACGCCACAGUGUUUGCUUACGGACCCACGGGGGCCGGCAAGACCUACACGAUGCUGGGCACGGACCGCGACCCCGGCAUCUACAUGCGCACGCUGAGCGACCUCUUCCGCGCCAUCGAGGCGACGAGCGACGACAUGAAGUACGGGGUCACCAUGUCAUACCUGGAGAUCUAUAAUGAGAUGAUUCGCGAUCUGCUCAACCCUUCUACGGGCUUCCUGGACCUACGAGAGGACCACAAGGGAGGCAUCCAGAUCGCGGGCAUCACCGAGGUGUCCACCAGCAAUGCCAAGGAGAUCAUGCAGCUGCUGGUGAAGGGGAACCGGCAGCGGACGCAGGAGCCCACGGCGGCGAACAAGGCGUCGUCGCGCUCGCACGCCGUGCUGCAGGUGACCGUGCGCCAGAGCAGCCGCGUGCGCGACAUCAGCCAGGAGGUGCGCACGGGGCGACUCUUCCUCAUCGACCUCGCCGGCUCGGAGCGCGCGGCCCAGACGCAGAACAGGGGCAAGCGCAUGAAGGAGGGCGCGCACAUCAACCGCUCCCUGCUCGCCCUGGGGAACUGCAUCAACGCGCUGAGCGAGCGCGGUGGACGAGCGCAGUACGUCAACUACCGGGACAGCAAGCUCACACGCCUCCUCAAGGACUCCCUGGGCGGGAACAGCCGCACGGUGAUGAUCGCCCACAUCAGCCCGGCGAGCAUCUCCUUCGAGGAGUCGCGCAACACGCUCACCUACGCCGACCGCGCCAAGAACAUCAAAAACAGGGUGCGGAGGAACCUGAUGAACGUGUCAUACCACAUCGCGCAGUACACGAGCAUCAUCGCCGACCUGCGGCGCGAGAUCCAGCGGCUCAAGGCCAAGAUCGAGCAGCAGUCGGUGCUGGACCAGCCGCGUAAGGACGGGCGGCCAACGAUCCGCCACGUGCAGGAGGAGGUGAGCCAAGUGUCACGUCUUCGCGAGCAGCUGCUGGCCGUGUUCCGCGAGCAGAUGGAAAUCCGCCGCAGCCUCAUGGAGCUCGAGAACUCCAGCCUCGCCAUGCACAUGGACAUGUCCAGGCACCUGCUCACCAUCUCCGACUGGGAGCGCGAGCGGCAGCACCGCGUGCGUAAGUGGCGCGCCGAGCAGCGGCGCGAGUCCAAGGGCGGCCGCGACUCCGACGACGGUGAGCAGCGCCGCAGCGGUGGCGGCCGGACCGAUGACGACGACGAUGACGACAACAACGAUGGAGAUGACGAGGAGGGGGGCUACUCCGACCCCCCGGACUCGCCCGAGCCCCCCGAGGUGUCGGGCGCAAGGUCCGAGCUCUCGUCGAUGCUCGCCGAGCAGAAGAACACGUCGAAGCUGAAGGCCGAGCUGGAGAAGAAGCUCGCGGCCGCGAAGGCGCGCGCCGUGCGGCUGGAGGAGUCGUUGCCGGCGGCGCUGGGCGGCGGCGAGCAGCGGCAGGUGCUGGCGCUGCUGUGCAAGGUGCACGAGCUGGAGGCCGACAACGCGGAGCUGGAGUCGCGCGCGCUCCUGCGUGACACGCUGCUGCGGCAGCGCGACCUCGUGCUGCGCCGCUACCAGCAGCACGCGGGGCUGUGCGACCAGGUCAUCCAGCACCAGCGCGAGCUCAUCCACGAGCACCAUGUGGUGGUGCCGAGAGACGUGGAGGACCUGUACCAGGCGUACCUGCGCGAGCUGGAGGAGGGGAACCUGGACAAGAUAGUGGCGCUGCACUCCAUCACCACCACCGCCCUCCGGGAGCGGUCCCUGCCCAUGCUGGGCCCCGCGUCGCUGAUGGCCCUGGAGAUGCCCGAGUCGGAGCGCGAGGACGAGGGCUCACCGCUCGAUGCCAAGCGGCGCAGCAAGGGGCGUGGCAAGGGGCGCCUGGCGCGGGGGGGAAGAGACACGAUGCGCGACGCGCUGCCGCCCAUCCACCCCGACCACGACAGCGACAGCAACAAAGUGUUCAAGAAAAGCCCCAAAGCACGGCAGAUCUACAAGUCAUCGGUGGCCACGCCGCCCCCAAUCCGCGUCACCACCGUCUCCUCCGGGCACCAGAAACCGGAGCAGAACACGAGCAGCCUGGCCAGCCUGAGCGACCGCUGCAACAGCAGCCUGUCAGGUGACCCGGCCCCCGAGGGCACACGAGGGGCGGCACUGGGACACGGGGACCAGAGACGCGCCAGGCCACGUGGACGCACGCAGGCCAGCGGCAACAACAACAGCAACGUCGUCAACCUCAACAGCGUCAACAGCCACCACCACCACCAACAGCAGCAUGGCAACACAGGCAUCAACACCCGGGUGGCACCGGCCAUAACCGCGGAGAUCGCCACGGGGACGAAAAGUAUCUCCGUCAUCGCUGAGCGGAGGAGGUCGCGGGCGAGAGCCAUGGAGCCCUUGGAGGGAGCGGGUUUGGGGUUCGGGUCAGGAAUCACGGCCUCCCAUGUGAACUCUCAGCAUUCGCUAGGCACCGCACUGGGCGGCCACACGGGUACCUUCCGCGUGAACCAGGCGAGCAGCGAGGAGAGCCUCGGGCCCGGCUCCACCGCGGCGGCGCAAGGACGGACCCUGCCGGCUCACGUCGCGGGGACCGACGCGCUGGCCGGGAGGGAGCGGGCCGACUCCCUGCAGAGCGACCGGGCCGAGCUGCAGGCACGACGGCAGCCCCGCCGAGCCGCCCCGCAUGGUGCUCAGGCUCCGCCGCCGGUGUCGCAGCAUCAGCAGCACCAGCAGCAGAGUCAGGCUCAUGCAGAGCAGCCGCACGGACGCAAGAUGCGGUCGCGCUCCUUCGAGGUCGGCAGACAAGCGCUGCCCAAGCCGAAGGCCGCGCAGCAGCGCGUCCUGGAGACGCUGUCUGACCACAAGAUCUCGGCGGCGGCCGCCGCCGGGCCCACGGGGGUUGGGGGUCGUGCCGGCCAGAACCCCGGGCAGCCCAAGCCCCGACCCCGCGCCUCGGUGAUGCUGCACCCCCCGCCAGCCCCUGGCGGCGCCGGCGCUGGUGGCGGUGCCGGUGGCGGUGCCGGUGGAGGAGGAGGGAUCGCUCCGGCUGUCAUCGUCAGAGCAAAGCACCAACCCGGCUAUCAGCCCACAGGUGGAGAGCUGCACUCCCUGGAUCCGCUGACGACGCCUCCCAGCACCGUGUUCCAGACGAACGGCGAGCGGCACCGAGCGUUGGCGCUGCAGAAGAAGACGCGAGGUGGUGGUGGUGGUGGAGGCGGUGGCAUGGGGGGACAGCAGACGACGGCCGACCCGCCAGCCACGAGCACCAUCGCGGGCGCCGGCAGCCACCUGCUGUCCCUGCCGGGCAAUGCCAAGCGGGUCGGGCGACCCUCCCCGCCGGCGGCGCUCGGGGCAGCGGCUGGCGGGCAAGGAGCCGUCGCCGGAGCCGCCGCCGGAGCCGGCAGCGGGAACCCGAGCCCCUCGCUCGGCUUGAGCGGGCAGGCGAUCCUCAAGCACGAGUCGCGAGCACGCAGGGCGUGAGUCCCUUGAGAGCGCGGCAGGCAAGGGGCGGCAGAGUCUCCGGAGAAGAGGUCGGAUUGGCAAAGGAGGACCCGUUUAUUUUUUUGUCACACAUCCCCCCCCAUCCCCGCGCCACCCAACAUUGGACGGGUGGAACUGGCGUGGACUCGGCUGUUGACAAAAGCACGAGGCACACAAGUGUUCCUGAAUUCAUGGAUGGAAAGAAGCUGACAAUGGUGGACUACGUGUGGCGAGUGGCGCCCCGUGGCUUGUUUUACCGGAGCGCGUGUGACUGCGACUAGGCGGGUAUAAGUUAGCUGCACCUUGCAGCAUUCGGGUUGUGGGUGAAUUGAGGUGAAGGCUUCGGUGUUGCUGCUGCUGCUGCUGUUGUUGUUGUGCCGUUGGCGUGUUGGGGACGGCGCGGGGGGAGCUGACCGCGUCGGGCGGCACGGAGCCGCGAGCGAAAAUCCGGAUGGGAAACGUCGACGGGGUCAGAAACGCGCCGCUCGGCCCUGUCGAGCGUGGCCCACGUAGCCAAUCAAAUCGUAACAAGCACCACGGUGGGGGUCACGGUGGUUUGGUUACUCGACGCAACCCUUCACGGGGGGGGGGGGGUACUUGGGAGUUCCCGGCUGAUGCAGUAGUGAGAAUGGGGAAAGUAUAAUGACGUGACAUCAGGUUUGCCCCCCGUCUUGCCCGGUUUUCCACUCGUUGAAACUAACAUCGAUUAUUAAUUUUCUUCUCUCGCAUCAGUGCAGCAGGUUAGUGAUGAGGCUCAACAGUUGGCCACUGCUAAUGCACUCAAAGUAAUUUAACCUUUUGGGGAUUUGCCCAACACCUCUCUCAGAGUGUUCGCGUUGAAUCAGCGCUACCAUCAAUGUUCACGUCUCAUGAAAGAUCCGGCUUUGUGUGAAUCCUUAACUAUCAUUAGGCAGAGGUUUUUUUAUUUUCUCUAUUUGGUGAUGGGUUACCAUGGGAUUUUUUUCCCAAUCAAUCGAGCAUUUAUUUCAAUCAAUGGCAUCAAUAAAAAAACGGAUUAAUACUGAGUGCAUUUUAGCAAUGGUAACAUUAAACGUACGUAGCCGAGGUUAUUCCUCGGGUGUAUUUAAAGAUGUUGGGUGCAGGUGGCCAGUUUAAUCCACUCCUCCAGUGUGGUGGAUGGCUCUGCAAGCAUUGAAUGGAGCAUUGCUCAGUGUGGGGCAUCCAGUCAGCUGUUGUUGGGGGGGGGGGGGGGUUAUUAGUUCUGAUUGGUCUAGAAUGCCGAGGCAAACAUUUCACCCUUGGUGACCGUGUUUAUCCCAAGUCGGAGGAGAAUCUCCGUUAAUAACCCGAGCGUCACCCAACGCUGGCGUUAAACACUCCAGGAAUAGUUUUGUAGUUUUUCAGCCACUUUUUGUUCAAUGGAAAACAUAGACUCGGCUAUUUGCUGCCACAUCGUGUCUACACAACGAUAAGUUUAGAUUUGCUAAAAAAAAGAGGCAGUAAAGUUGUUUAUAAUUGUAAACAACUUUUUAAACAAAUGCAAUUUUUUUAUGUCUGCUAUAACGCACGGGUUCAUGGUUCCUCAGGUUACCAAGCAACCAACAUCUGUCUGGCAAAUCUCUCCGAACACAUACACACACGGUCAGACGCAUUGCGUGCAGUGGCUUCCGGGUUGUCAUCUCUCAGAAACGUAUCAUGGAAAUAUGAAUAAUAUCACAAUAUCUCUCAACACCGGGGCGGGGGAGAACUGCAUUGUCUCGAGUGGCUCAUUAUUAUUACACGACCGUCAAAAUUGCGAGGACUUUUAAUGUCCCAGGAAGACUUACACAUUGCCCAGGACAGCAACCUCCUCAAAAUGAGGGCGAUUCUGGGAAAAGCAAUGGCAGGUGGCAAUCCGAAGUAACACGGCAGAGCGCAGCAUUCACGAACAGCGACGGCUGUGAAGCACAGCGGGAGCUUGUGGCUCCAGGGGUGGGAACGACAAACCAGGGAGAGGGCAUCGGGAGAUGGAAUCCCAGCGAGAUGUGAAAUCGCAGGAUCGACCAUGAGACCUGUGUUGAUCCGAUGGAAAAGGUGACAGACAGACCGUGUGGUGGGUGGGUGAG